AAAAUACGCCACUACAAUAAACCCUUGUCGAACGUAUCAAAAUGUUCCUUAUCAUUUUAACAGUUAUUGUUGGUGGUUUCAUUCUCUACCUCUUUAAGUUCCGUGAACAAAUCAAGGGAAGUCACUUGACUGAUACUGAUAAGACUGCUUCUUAUCAAGAACUCUUUGCUACUGAUAACCAACAAACCCACGAAAAGAGAAAGAAGGCCGGUUGGGAUGUUGCUGGUAAAUAUUAUGAUAUGGUUACUGAUUUCUACUUGUAUGGUUGGGGUAGAUCUUUCCACUUUGCUACUCGUCACUCUAGAGAAUCCCUCAUUGAAUCCAUUCUUAGACACGAAUACUGGUUAGCUAAACAAUUAGAUUUGAAGCCAGGUAUGAAGUGUUUGGAUUUGGGUUGUGGUGUUAUGGGUCCAGCUGUUAAUAUUGCUCGUUUCUCUGGUUGUAAUGUUACUGGUGUUAAUAAUCACCCAUAUCAAUCUGAACGUGCUAAGGUUUUCAUCAAUGAAAUGGGUAUGGAUGGAAGAUGUAACAUUGUUCGUGGAGAUUUCAAUAAUUUGGAUGAUAAUAAGGAUUUACCAGCUGAAUCAUAUGAUGCUGCCUAUGCUAUUGAAGCUACUUGCCACGCCAAGGAUAGACCACAUUGUUAUAAGCAAAUCUUUAACAAGUUGAAGCCAGGUGCAGUCUUCGGUGGUUAUGAAUGGGUUAUGAUUACUGGAAAGUAUGAUUCUAAGAAUGAAGAACACAACAAGAUUAAGUUUGAUAUCAUGAAGGGUGAUGGUUUGCCAGAAAUCCUCAUGGAUAAGGAAAUUGAUGAUGCUUUGGUUAAGGCUGGAUUUGAAGUUAUUAGAACUGAAGAUGUUGCUAUUACUGAUAAGAUUAAUCCAAUUCCAUGGUAUCAACCUUUGGAUAAUGGUGGUUGGGAACUUACUAACUGGUUCCAAACUUCAUACGGUAGAUGGGUAGUUCACAAACUCGUCGGUAUUUUGGAAAAGAUCGGUCUCGUCCCAAAGACUUCACAACAAGCUUACGAAUUCUUGAUGGCUGGUGCUGAAGGUUUGGUUGGUGGUGGUAAGACUGGUAUUUUCACUCCAUCAUACUUCUUCUUGGCCAGAAAGCCACUUAAGAACUAAGUUAUUUUCUAAUUUUGUAAUAAAAAAAAACCAAAAAUUAUAUGUA